AUGGAACCCAGCCACUCAAAAGAGGCGACCGGAAGGCCUAGUUCGACGUUAGCUGAUGAGCUAGCUGAAAUAGGACUUGCGCCCGGCCGGCAAAGAAUUCGGGCUCGCAGACGCAGCGGCAUAUCCAUGUCUCUGUUAGGUGCCAUUCUUGAAGCUAGUUCCAGCUCCAGCUCCAGCUCCAGCUCCUUCAGCAGCUCUGAGGAUGAGAGCUCCGAAUCCAGUGCAUCGUCCGGUGAAGCCACUUUGCCUACCGAACAAGAGGAUCCCCCGCAGGAGGACGGCGCAUACAUGGAAGACUCCUCUACGACCGCGUCAAGCGCGCAGCACAGCCCUCAAACAACUUCUUCGGGCCAAUCAUGGAACGAUCCAGACUUCAUACCGUACUGGGAUGACGAGUGGCAGAUGAAUCACGGGACAUUUCGCCCACAACAGGAGGGCGAAGCCGAUCGCCAAGCCCGGCAAGGGGCGACUCAUGACAGGAGUGCAUCUUCUCGCCUCUGGUAUUUCAUGACUUGCGGAGAUUCAGACGACAGCCCCAGCGAAGCCGAGGAGGUUGGACAGUUCACACCGCUAACUCUGACCCAGCGGCGAUUGUUGAUGCGCCGGAGACAGGAGCGCGCCUAUCGACAACAGCUCAGGGAAGAGAACAGCGCGGUAUCGCUGAGGGCCAUGAUGUACAGCUUGUUGUUGGCGUGCAUCAUGAUGGCCAUCGCACUGGGCGCGGCGGCGUACCUAAAUGGUGGUCUUCGUGUACCUCACCGUCGACACAGGGGAGAAACGCACCAGUAG